AUGGCGGAAAACCUACCAUACACCUGCAACACUUGCUUCGUUGCAUUUCGCAGCAGCGAUGGCCAGCGCGACCAUAUGCGCACAGAUUGGCAUCUGUAUAACAUGAAACGUCGAGUUGCCUCUCUACCUCCAGUUUCCCAGGAAAUUUUCAACGAAAAGGUUCUUGCUGCCAAGGCCACCUCCAACGCCGCCGCCGCCAAGGCCUCUUUUGAGAAAACAUGCGCCGCUUGCCAGAAGGCGUUCUUCAGCGAAAACUCCUACCAGAACCAUGUGAAGAGCUCGAAACACAAGGCUCGUGAAGCGCGACUAGGCAAGGACAAUACCGAAGAUGCUGCCUCGGUUAUGAGUUCGACGUUCUCCCUGGGAGAGCCUAUCAACAAGCCCCGCGAUGGCGAGGCUGAUGUGGCCAAUGUGACGGAGGGUCUUAAGGAAACGACGAUUGAAGAGGGUGAUGAGGAUGAGGAAGUGCCCGAUGCGGAUCCCUACUCAUCUGCUCACUGUCUAUUCUGCAACAACGAGUCAGAGAACCUUGAAGAGAAUACCGACCACAUGCUCAAGAGUCACGGCAUGUUCAUUCCUGAACGGUCAUAUCUUGCAAACCUAGAAGGCCUCAUCCAUUAUCUCUACCGGAAAAUCAACGAGAACAAUGAGUGUAUCUACUGUCACGUCAUCCGAAACAACCCCGCCGGUGCCAAGACGCAUAUGAAAGACAAGGGCCACUGCAUGAUAGCCUUCGAGAGCGAAGCGGAACAGAUCGAGAUUGGUCAAUUCUACGACUUCCGAAGCACCUAUUCAGAUGAUGAGAACGACGACGAGUCCGUCGAGAUGGUUGACGGAGGCGUCAAGGUAGAAGUCUCAGAUGCCGAAGACGAAGGCUGGGAAACAGACGCAUCGUCCGUUGACGAGGAUGAAGACGGAGGUUACGCAAAGAACACACCCGCCGCGUACAGGACCGAAUACGAACUUCACCUUCCAUCUGGCCGAACCGCCGGUCACCGCUCUCUCGCCCGUUACUACCGCCAGAACCUGCACAACUACCCCACCGCCGACGAGCGAUACGCUCGCCAGCUCGCCAUUGAAAACGGCGAGAUCGAGGAGGAAGAGAAGCCCCGCGGCCGCAAUGCUAACCGCGCCGUUGUUACCCGCGCCAAUGGCGGAACUGGCAUGAUCGGGGUCACAGACAUCGAUAAGCGCAAUGUCGUCGAGAGCGAGCGCAAGGAGCGCACUCGUGCCAUCCGCCAAGAACAGCGGUAUACGGCACGUGUCAACCGCGCUGCUAACAGCCAGAAGCACUUCAGAGAUCCCUUGCUACAGUGA